AUGGCUACCCCUACCAGCCCCACCAUCGAGACCGCCAGCCCCGCCUCUGCCUCGAACCACAAGGUCCUCGAGUUCUUCGCUUCACCAGCCGAGCUCGUGGAUAGUUUGGUCGGCGUCGCAGCCGAGGCUGCCGACACCGACGAUCGGAUGGAGAUGGACGUGGAGAUUGAGAUCGAGAAGGGUAUCCAGAUCGACAUCGAGAUGAACAUGGAGGUGGAGAUGGGGAUGGAGGAGAAGAUGGAGGAUAUGGACGAGGACGAGGACAUGGGGGAGGAUGAAGACGAGUAUGAGGAUAUAGAGGCGGAUUCGAACAUGGGCGAGUACUAG